GACAGUCAUCUUUUAGAAAGAGCCAAAACCAUAUCAGAAAAAAAAACUCUUUUAAUCCAAACCAUACCCAUGUACAAAUCCUCUCUCUCUUUCUUCCCUCAAAAUUCUUUUUUUCUUGGGUUUAAGGAAAUUUUAGAUCUUGUUCUUGAGGGGUUUUAGGGUUCUUGGGACUAAUUUUUUUUUAGAAAUGGGUAAGCGUGGUGGGAAAAAUGGUAACGAAAACUAUGACGGCGUUGGUUUUAAUGGUCAAGGAGGCAGUGGAGUUAGGUCAUACGUACGGUCUCCGGUGCCUAGACUCAAGUGGACGCCGGAUCUCCACCGUUGUUUUGUUAACGCCGUCGAUAUGCUUGGUGGCCAACAUCGAGCUACUCCAAAGCUUGUUCUUAAGAUGAUGGAUGUAAAGGGACUCACCAUUUCACAUGUCAAGAGCCAUCUUCAGAUGCAUAGAGGUUCUAAACUCACUUUGGGUAAACCAGAGGAAAACUCUUUAUUUUCAAUAAGAAGACAAGACACCGAAGAGGAUUAUCUUCAGGACUACUUGUCUUUACACACAAGGAAUGAUUGUCCUACGGGUUUUCACACCUUUUCUCUUUCUUCACAUUCUUCUCUUAGAAGAGGAAGAAGAAAGGGGCAUACUUCAGAGUCUCGUGGUGGAGAUGAUGUUGAUGACUCUCUUCACAUCAUGAACAUGAAGACGAACGGAACGACGACGUUUCCAUCACAUCAUUUCCACCAGAAUACAGAGAAGGAGACAAACCCUUGGCAUGAACACGAACACGAACAUAAACAUGAACAUGAAGAAGAAGAACUGUCGUUGUCCCUGUCGUUGAAUCAUCAUCAUUUGAGAAGCAACGGAUCAUCAGUGAGCGAAACAAGUGACGCGGUCUCCACAUGUUCAGCACCAUUCGUCAACAAAGAUUGCUUCGGUUCUUCACCAAAGAUUGAUCUCGACCUUAACCUUUCAAUUUCUCUCCUUGGCAGCUGAGACCACGAAUUAAAUCUUUAUUUAUUAGAUUAGUUGUAGUGAAACAUCAUAAUCUUUUGUUAAACUACUAGGAUUUCUUGUUUUCCAAAGAUUUAAAGUCAGAAUCGACAAAAUUUUGAAAAUAAAUUUUGAAGUUACGUAUACAUCAAACUGAAACCCAAAAUGUAUAAAACAAUAAUGAAUCCAAACCGAAAAUAAAACAAACAUAGCCAUAACUUACAUCUUAAACAAAACAUGCAAGUUGGAUCCUUUGUCACGGAACAUGAGAGGCUCACUAGUAGUAGUUCUUCACUCACUUUUUUGGGUACUUGGAGAAUUUUUUUCGGAGGAUUGGUAUAGCUACUUAGACAGGUUCGUAAAG